GUUAGAAGGACUGAGUGUAGUCACGUGUUGAAUGGUUGAAUUUUUCAUGGCGGUAGAUUUGACUCCUCGGUUUAGAAGAUUAAACAGUCAAACGCGAAGUUUUCGCGAAAAUGUGCUGCAUGUACAACAAGGUUACUCAGGGCCUUUUGGUGCUACGCAGCUAUGGCACAACAUAAUCCAUGCACUAAAAACACAGGUAGAGGUGCGCCGGUGCCGGAGACAUCUUCGUUUUCAUGUAGACUGCUUCAUGGGCUCUGAUGCUGUGGAUGCGGUCCUCAGCUAUCUGAUGCAGAAUGUAAUGUUUAACACAAGUGAAGUGUCUCGUCUUAAAGCUGCACGUCUGUGUCAGGCUCUGAUGGAAGCCAAAGUUUUUGAGCCUGUGGGAACAAAGCUGUUUCGCAAAGGAAAGGAAAUGUCAUUUGAGGACAGUACUUCAAGCCUUUACCGAUUUAUGGAGCCUGGCGCCACCAUAGUGGACACAAACACUGAGAAUGUACAGCCACAAGAGCUUGACACAAAGUGGAACAAGGACUACAGCCCAUCUGAAAUAAGAACCAUUUCAAAUCCUAUUGCUACUGGCCCAUUUGAUAGGAGAAUUCAUAGGCUACUGAGGACUAUAAAUGUUGAACUGCCCACUUCACCAUUUCAAGGCAAAAGGAGCACUACAACCCCGUUACUUUCCAAAGCUGUGGUGGAAGAGGUUUGGAAGCAGCAGACCCUCCUUCAGCUUUUACAGAUUGUUGAAGUGCCUGUUCUGGAUUCCAUCUUGACCUCUCCUUCCAAGGUUCAGCGUCAGACCAGCCUGGGACCACUGUCCAAACAAGACCUUAUUAUCUCCAACACAUGCUUGGAGAGGGAGCUGACAGAUACCUUAAACCUUCCCCAGCUGGAUGAAUGGCUGUCUGCUGCAGCAGAUCUCCUUGAGCUCUUUCCUGACCAACUGAUAGUGGCUGCAGGAGAGCAGCUUAGUCAGCAAUAUUAUGAUGAUAAAGAGCAGUUGACAGACCAAAAGAGAGUGCUUUUUGACAUAAUUUCCAAGUAUUACAAUGGACAAGAAAAAAGCCCGCUUAUCUCUGGGCGCUAUCUGGACAUACAUAUUGCCAUCCUACAACUUAUAAAUGGUGAAAAAACUGAGGACGCCAUUAAAGCCUUCCAGUUAUGUUUUCGACUUCUUGACACAAGUGUAAGAGAUGAACUCAAAAGACUGUUGACUUUCCUGGCCAUUGCAGCUCACCCGAAAGCUUGUCGUCUACAGAAACAAACAGAUAACAGGACCCUUGUCUGCCGAACAUUUCAGAAAGCAAUUGUCCAGAAUUAUAAGCUUUGCCAAUCUCAGACUGAGGCUUUGGUUUUAUUUUUAAUGUCUAAUCAUAAGGAGCUCUUCAAGACUCCUAAAUCUCUUAUUGACGGUGUCAGAGGAACACUGAGAAAGAUGCAGCAGGGUGAAGAUCCAGACACUGUACCAACUUUCACUUUUUGCCAGCAGAUGACAUCAGAGGAGUAUGAGGACCAAUGUGAGGCUGCCACUCUUGAAAGCCUCAAGAAGCUUCUUUACAAUAUUUCAGUGAACAGGGAAAUGCCAGCCAAACAAAAGAAACGCUUACUCAAAGAAUUUGAAAAACAUCACCCUGUGGUCUUUCUCCAGCAUUUCCAAACCCCCUUCUGAAUACAAUUUUAACUUAACUUUUAGUAAAGCUUUCCAAGUAAAAAUCUACACCUAACAAAUGUACAAUUUAUCUGGUGAGAUCUGUAGGCCUAGUGCUCGUAAUCAAAAUUUGUGCAGCAGUUACUGCAUCUUGAUAGAUGAUAGGUUGAUUUGUGUAAUACAGUACACAUUUCUGUUUGAUAGGAAGUAUAUACAUUUACUAAAACAUUUUCUGGAAUAAUAGAAAAAUAUUUUUCAUAAUAACUAGUUUGGUAAAUAAUGGACUUCAAUUUGUGUUUUUUUAUCUGCAUUAUGGAAACAAUGGUGAUCAAACUAAAGAAACUUAAUCAUAAUAACUAUAAUUAAUUAUUAAUGUUCUAACAUUGUAAUUGCAGUUAACGUUUUUAUCUACAUAUUUUACAUGUAUUGUUUUGUUUUUGUGGUUACGCUUAAAUGAUACUGGUAUGUAUAAUCAAUACACCAUUAUGUGUAGUGUUGUGUUUGUAUGCCUUAACAGCUACCUAUGUUGCACAUAGUUGAAUCAUUUCAGUGACUGAUUAUGUAGUCUGAAAUAAAUCAUGGAAGAUUUA